AUGUCUCCCCCAACAAAAUAUGCCGUCGCUCUCUUCCGGGGCUUCCAAGCCCUCGACGUCUUUGGCCCUAUAGAUGCCUUGAACUACAUGUCUAGAAACCAGCCGCUCUCACUCUCUAUACUCCACACUUCGCUCGAGCCCGUCACGACGCUUGUUGACUCUACUCCUGGUCGAAUUGGACAAAGCGUGGUUCCAACACACACCUAUGACACCGCCCCGGAGGAUAUCGAGGUCCUGUUGGUGCCUGGUGGCAUGGGAACGAGAGACCCGGAGAACGUGGCGAGAGUGAGACAGUUUAUCAAGGAGAGGUAUCCAAAGUUGCGAUUCCUCUUGACCGUCUGCACAGGAAGUGCUGUCGCUGCGCAGUCGGGUGUCCUCGAUGGCAGGGAGGCCACCUCAAACAAGAGGUCGUUCUCUUGGGUCGUAUCUCAAGGACCAAACGUCAAGUGGGUAAAGGAAGCAAGAUGGGUUGUGGACGGCAACAUCUGGACAUCAUCCGGCAUUUCAGCCGGCAUCGACAUGAUCUUCGCCUUUAUUGCCAAACAGUACGGGCAAGAUGUGGCAGAUGAUACGGCCAUCGGCUCGGAAUAUGUACGCAACACUGAUCCCACGGUUGAUCCCUUUGCCAAGUAUGCGGGAUAG